AAACCCCAAUUUUGCGUGCGACGACUCCACGAAGAAAAGAAAAGAAAACCGAAAAAAAAAUAAAAUCGAAAAUCCUUUUUACAGGGGAGAGAGAAUCUAGAGAGAAGUUAGAGAGAGAAAGCUUGAAGAGAGAGAGAGAGAGUGAAGAAGAAGAAAGAGGAGAGAGAGAGAGAGAGAGAGAGAGAGAGAAGAAGGAGGAGGAUAGGGGGGCAUUAAUGGCGGAGGUGAGGAAGGAGAGGCGGCCGCCGAACAGCGAAGAGAGCGUGAAGCUGUUCGUGGGGCAAGUCCCGAAGCACAUGAACGAAGCUCAACUCCUCACAAUGUUCGAAGAGUUCUCCCUCGUCGACGAGGUCAACAUCAUCAAGGACAAGACCACGCGCGCGUCUAGAGGGUGUUGCUUUGUGAUAUGUCCAUCUAGAGAGGAAGCAGACAAGGCGGUCAAUGCAUGUCACAAUAAGAAGACCUUGCCUGGGGCAUCGAGUCCGUUGCAAGUGAAGUAUGCUGAUGGCGAGUUGGAAAGAUUAGAACAUAAGCUCUUUGUCGGUAUGCUUCCUAAGAAUGUCUCCGAAGUUGAAGUAUCCGAUCUUUUCUCUAAAUACGGAACAGUAAAGGACCUACAGAUAUUAAGGGGUUCUCAGCAAACAAGCAAAGGCUGUGCGUUUUUAAAGUACGAAACGAAAGAACAAGCACUUGCUGCCCUGGAAGCCGUUAAUGGAAAACACAAAAUGGAGGGUUCUAGUGUUCCUUUGGUUGUCAAAUGGGCAGACACAGAGAAGGAAAGGCUAGCUCGGAGAGCUCAAAAAGCUCAUUCUCAGGGUGCUAAUGUGCCGAAUUCUGAUUCACAACCUCCGUCUUUAUUUGGAGCCUUACCUAUGGGUUAUGUUCCCUCAUAUAAUGGUUAUAGUUAUCAGGCUCCUGGAACUUAUGGCCUCAUGCAAUACCGCUUGCCAGCACUGCAAAAUCAACCAGGUUUCCAUAAUAUGGUACCCCCUUUAAAUCAAGGAAAUGCUUUACACCGAAUUGCACCCGACCUUCCUCCCAAUAUUGCCCCUAGAAAUUUCGCUAUGCGUCCAAGCUACCUGGGUUCUGGUUAUCCUGGGGUUCCAGGUCUUCAGCAUCCGAUGGUAUAUGCGGGAGGAAUGAUGAGUCACCGGCCAUUGAGCGCCUCACCUGGCUCGUUGUCACCUUUAGUUAUGAACAGUAACCCAGCCACAUCCUUAGGCACCAGUAGAAGUUCCGGGGGUCAGGUUGAAGGUCCUCCUGGUGCCAAUUUAUUUAUCUAUCACAUACCUCAAGAAUUUGGAGAUCAAGAGCUUGCUAAUGCUUUUCAAGCAUUUGGUAGGGUUUUGAGUGCCAAGGUUUUUGUUGAUAAAGCAACCGGUGUCAGCAAAUGUUUUGGAUUUGUAAGUUAUGAUUCACCGGAGGCUGCUCAAUCUGCUAUCACUGUUAUGAAUGGAUACCAGUUAAGUGGUAAGAAAUUAAAGGUUCAGCUUAAGAGAGAUAACAAGCAGAACAAAUCCUAUUAAUUUCAAGGUGAGUGAUGGAAGGACGCAAGUUCUUUAUAGCAAGUGGUCGCAUGCAAAUUGGAUGUAUGGAGUCGCUGCAUCAACAUUGUGGGAUGGAUUUAGAUGAUUUGCAAUGAUAUGGUUUAUUCCAUCCUGCUUGUAAUUUCCCCAAGGAAUGAAAGGCCUGAAAAUUUGUAAUUCAUGGUGCAUACUGUACCAAUACAAUCUGUAAUUUGUUUAUAUCAAACGUUCUUUUAGACAGUAAUUAUCAAUUUAUUCAUUCUUCAUUCGCGAACAUCUCAUUGUAUAAUUCAUGAUAAUUGAUCCGUGAUUCUUUUGUUUCCACAGUCUAAAGACCUAAUUUCAUAGUCUUCUAUUUCAU